GGGGUCGUUUGGAAUCGACGUCUGGUUGACCGUACAAACGGUAUUUUUGGAAGUUUGUGUAGGAAGCUGCACACCCCUAUUUUGAGUUGGAAGAAGAAUCGGAAGCUGCAGGAAACGGCUCUGGAUAGUCAAGGAUUUGCCAUGACAGCCUGUCGAGUUUUAAAGAGAAAUUUCUUGAUUUUUGGUCUUCUCUCUUUAGGGUCCCUGGUUCUGGGUGAAGACACAAUCCAAGUCCGCGAGAAUGGAGCUGUCAGCCUCCCUUGCAAAGCCAUACGGUCCCAACCUAACCCGACACGCCAGGAGUGGAAGUUCCAGAAAGAUGGCAUCACUCUGCUCUUCUACCACGCCGACAAGUUCACAGAUAACUACAAGAAUCGGGCCACUUUCACUCCGUUUGAGAUUCAGCUCACGUCGGUGACUCGCAAAGACUCGGGCACGUACAUUUGUGAAGUCCUCGGACAAUCUUUUGCGCAGUCGGAAGUGAAGCUGAUCGUGCAAGUGCCCGCCACCAAGCCCACCGCCCACGUUCCUUCGGUGGUGACCAUUGGAAACAAGGUGGUCCUGAGAUGCGAGGAGCCCGAUGCCAACCCCCGGCCGACUUUCAAGUGGUUCAAGAACGAUGUCCAGAUGCCCCUGGAUCCCAAAACCAGCACCAUCUUCAAGAAUUCGUCCUACACAAUCGACUCGGACACAGGCGUGCUGGCCUUUGAACCGGCCACGGCCCUGGACGCUGGCGACUAUUCCUGCGAAGCCGAGAACAAGGUGGGGCCCCCCCAGAGGUCGGAAGCAAUUCACAUGGAAACCAGUAAACUCAACGUGGGUGGGAUCGUGGCCGCUGUGGUGGUUCUCCUCAUCAUCCUGGGGCUGGUCAUUUUCGGCAUUUGGUUCGCUUACAAUCGGGGUUAUUUUAGCAAAAGAAGAACGUGAGUAGCCAUUUCUUCCUUCCUGCCCACCGUGUUUUUUGCCGCGUAACCACCAGUCCUGCCUUGAGGUUCCCUUUUCGGAGUGAAUGAGGGAAGGGCACAGUUGAUCCUGGCACGGCUACUUUCUCUCUCGUUUACGGGAUUUAUUCCACUGAUAAAAAGUGGAAGACCCCGGUUCAUUAAAAAAAAAAAAGCAAAGUACAGGUAGUCCCCGAGUUAUGACCAUUUGCUUAGUGGCCGUUAGAAGCUGGUUCUCGCACUUACGAGCUAUAACAUGGCCAUGGGAUCGACAUUUGGGUGCUUAUAUUUAUGGCGGUUGCGCCAUCCUGGGCGUGCUGGGAACGCCAUUUGUGAAGUCGAUGGAGAAGCUGGCAAGGAAGGUAUUGAUGUCUCGCUUAACGACUGCACUGCUUAGUGACCAAUAUUCCAAGGCCCUAUUGUGAUUGUAACUCGGGGACUAUCUGUACAGUAAGUAAAAAGCCAUGAAAUAAAAAUAAUCAAAAUUAACAUUCAAACAAUAAAGUGGUGUUCCCCAGCAUUCAGCCCAUGGGAAUUAUGGGAUGUAAAUUCCCAGAAUCCUCCAGUGGACCAUUUCCAACAUGUCUUUGAAGUCCCCAGUCGGAGAAGACAUUUUGGAUUUGAUGUCCAUCCAUCUUCAAACAUGCUGACUAGGGAAUUCUGGGAGUUGCAGUCCACCUAUCUUAAAGCAUGCUGCCUAGGGAAUUCUGGGAGUUGCAGUCCACCUAUUUUAAGCAUGCUGACUAGGGAAUUCUGGGAGUUGAGUCCACCUAUCUUAAAGCAUGCUGACUAGGGAAUUCUGGGAGUUGCAGUCCACCUAU